CCCAUAAAAGUACAUGCACGGUUCUCCGCGUUUUUUCUCUCUACACACACAAGACCGUUUUGUAAAGUUUCCUCGUCGCUUUUUCCCCAAGUUAUGUCACACACAAUUCUACUGGUACAGCCUGGCUCACGUCCAGAAACUAGGACCUACUCUGAUUAUGAAUCGCUAGAGGAAUGUAUGGAAGGAGUGUGCAAGAUCUUCGAAGAGCAUCUCAAGCGGACAAAUCCAAAUACUCCCUCCAUUACAUAUGACAUUAGCCAGUUAUUUGACUUCAUUGAUGAGCUGACUGACCUCAGCUGCUUGGUAUCACAGAAGAAUAGGCAUUAUGCUCCUCAUAAUAAGGAUUGGAUCAAGGAACAGAUAUAUAUAAUGCUGCGUAAACAGGCUGGAAAAUAAACACAAAGUGCAAAGGAAAAAGCACAGUGCAAUGUGAUCAAGAACUGAUGCUCACUAGUAUAUUGGUUAGUUAAGUUGUCAUCAAUCAUUCUCUCAACUUGUAUUCAUUGCGGGUUAGUGAAUAUGAUUCCAGUGUACAAAAACAAAUCUAAACCAUUUUCUUUUGUUUUACAGUUCAGUCAUAUACUUAUUGUGUAAAUUCUUUCUUUCCAUUUGCUUUAAAUAAGGACUGUUAACAGUUGAGCCCACAAUCCUUGAGCACUUUAUGUAAUAAAAUAUUUGAAUAUUA